GCCCCGCCUACAUCUCUAUUGACAGCGAACAUAAAAAGGACGUGUAGCUCAGCCAUUUACGACUCCAGAUACCCAGCUAAUUAUCUCGGCUGCGAGGUUUUUGUUUGUAUUUACCCCACAAAUUAUAGGCAUUUAUUCACCUACUCGCAACUUAUAUCAUAUAUGUAGCUAAUUAGCCAUUCAAUGGCGUUUAAUCAACGCGACGAUGAUAUCGUCGACGGAGAAGACGAAACGCCCUCGAAGCUGCCGCGGUGCAACAAGGAGAUGCCCGGUUACUUUAGCAACGAGCCCCAAAAUGAGGCUGCCGAGUCCGCCGGGAGAGCUACAUCCGAGCGGCGAACGUCCAACUCGACCGCGUGGCAUCGGAGAGAUUCGUUUAAGAAGACCAGGCCGCCAUUUCCUUGGUUUGGGAUGGACAUCGGAGGCACCCUGGUGAAACUCGUGUAUUUUGAGCCCAAAGACAUCACUGCAGAAGAAGAGCAGGAGGAGGUGGAGAACCUGCGGAGCAUCCGGCACUACCUGACCUCCAACACCGCCUACGGCACCACCGGCAUCAGGGAUGUGCACUUGGAGAUGAAGGACCUGUCACUGUGCGGCAGGACGGGGAACCUGCACUUCAUCCGCUUCCCCACUCAUGACCUGCCUGUCUUCAUGCAGAUGGGCCGCAACAAGCACUUCUCCAGCCUCCACACCACGCUCUGUGCCACGGGAGGUGGCGCCUACAAAUUUGAGUCUGAUUUCCGUACGAUGGCCGACCUGGAGCUCCACAAGCUGGACGAGCUAGACUGUUUGGUUCGGGGGGUGCUGUACAUCGACUCGGUGAUCACCAGCGGCCCCUCGGAGUGCUACUACUUUGAAAACCCCAGUGACCUGGAUCACUGCGCUCAGAAACCCUACACACUGGAGAACGACUAUCCUCUGCUGCUGGUCAACAUUGGCUCCGGAGUCAGCAUCCUGGCCGUCUACUCCGAGAACAACUACAAGCGGGUCACUGGGACCAGCCUCGGGGGCGGGACCUUCCUCGGCCUGUGCUGCCUUCUCACUGGCUGCUCGACUUUCGAGGAAGCCCUAGAAAUGGCUUCUCAGGGGGAGAGCACCCACGUGGACAAGUUGGUCCGGGACAUCUACGGAGGAGACUAUGAGAGGUUUGGACUGCCGGGCUGGACUGUGGCCUCAAGUUUUGGCAGCAUGAUGUUCAAAGACAAAAGGGAGUCGGUGUCUAAGGAGGACCUGGCUCGGGCAACGCUGGUCACGAUCACCAAUAACAUCGGCUCCAUUACCAGAAUGUGCGCUCUCAAUGAGAACAUUGAGAGAGUGGUGUUUGUCGGGAACUUCCUAAGAGUGAACAUCCUCUCUAUGAAGCUGCUGGCCUACGCUAUGGACUACUGGUCCAACGGCCAGCUCAAGGCUCUCUUUCUUCGUCAUGAGGGUUACUUUGGUGCCGUCGGAGCCUUGCUGGGACUUCUGCAUCCGUCCUGAUCCCUCUUUGGAGGAAGAAAAAUAAAUAAAAAAGUCAAUCUGCUGCAGCAAUCAGAAGCACUUUA